UCGCACCCGGGCGGAGCGCGGCCACGACGGGGCGGGCGGACUUGCGGGCGCUCAGAGCCAGCCUUGGGUCCUCGGUGCCUGGCGCUCGAACCCCCAUUCCGACCCGCACCCAGCCCGGCACCUCAACCCAGACCCGGCCCGGCCAGGCCCCCGCCCUCGCCUCCCGGGCCGAUGGACUACUCCUACCUCAAUUCGUACGACUCGUGCGUGGCGGCCAUGGAGGCGUCCGCCUACGGCGACUUCGGCGCCUGCAGCCAGCCCGGCGGCUUCCAAUACAGCCCCCUGCGGCCCGCCUUCCCCGCGGCCGGGCCGCCCUGCCCGGCGCUCGGCUCCUCCAACUGCGCGCUUGGCGCUCUACGCGACCACCAGCCCGCGCCCUACUCGGCAGUGCCCUACAAGUUCUUCCCGGAGCCGUCGGGCCUGCACGAGAAGCGCAAGCAGCGGCGCAUCCGCACAACGUUCACGAGCGCGCAGCUCAAGGAGCUGGAGCGCGUCUUCGCCGAGACCCACUACCCUGACAUUUACACGCGGGAAGAGCUGGCGCUCAAGAUCGACCUCACCGAGGCUCGUGUGCAGGUCUGGUUCCAGAACCGCCGGGCCAAGUUCCGCAAACAGGAGCGCGCAGCUAGCGCCAAGGGUGCGGCGGGCGCGGCGGGCUCCAAAAAGGGCGAGGCGCGCUGCUCGUCCGAGGACGACGACUCCAAGGAGUCCACGUGCAGCCCAACGCCCGACAGCACUGCGUCGCUGCCACCGCCGCCCGCACCCGGUCUGGCCAGCCCACGCCUGAGCUCCAGCCCGCUGCCUGCCGCCCUGGGUUCCGGGCCGGGUCCUGGCCCGGGGCCGCAACCGCUCAAGGGCCCAUUGUGGGCCGGCGUGGCGGGCGGUGGGGGCGGCGGGCCUGGCGCGGGCGCAGCAGAGCUGCUUAAGGCCUGGCAGCCAGCAGAGCCCGGGCCCGGGCCCUUCUCGGGGGUUCUGUCCUCUUUUCACCGGAAGCCCGGACCCGCCCUGAAGACCAAUCUCUUCUAGCCGCCGGACUCUGGAGACUCCGGGCCUGCCCCCAGAAACGUCCUUGCCCCUCCAGGACCUGACAGAGUCCCUCCUCAUCCCGGACGCCUGCCUGGAAGUCCCCAUCCGUCCCCACCUCCCACCGUGUCUGACCCCUAGGUGCACCCUCCCCAGCUUUGGAGACCAAGUUGGGGCCACUCUCGUUUUCACCCACCCCCACCUGGCAGAGCAGAGUACUUUUCACUGGGACGCCCCUCCCAGGAGAGCCCGGAGCCCCUUCUAGCUUGGCUUUCUUUGGAACCAGGAUCAAAAACGCCCGACCCUAACAGUGCUCCAACGUGAGGGUCCUCAUGGAGGAACAGCCGGCCCCUUCCCCUCGCUGUGCAGUAGGCUGGGUCAUUUCCUCACCUUGGUGACCAGUCUGCUGCCCUGCCCCUCGGAGCCUACUCACACUGAUCCCACCCAUGGAAAGACCAGUGGCUGCGGGAUAAUCAGCAGCCUGAAGUGUCCCACUGCCAGUUUGUCCCUCAUGCAUUUCCUCCCUUCUGCAGCUGGUCUGGCACAGAGGGUAGCCUUUAGAGAAUGGAGGGGCAAUGGGACAGAGGGGUUUCCUCUUGAUUUGUUUUUUGUUCUUUUCCUUUCUAAAACUUGUAAUUUAUUGAGGUGAGUUUCACUCAAUCCAAAUAAAACUUAAUUUAUUGAAGACAUCAUAUUGGCCACCCCUCUGAGUACCUAAGAUGGAAAUAGGCUGUCUGCAAGGGCCUGGUCCUCCUUGCGACCAGAGGACCAGUGACUGCCACAUAUCCCCACAUAGACCAGGAGACGG